GAGCAGAAUUGGCCUGCCAACAAGACUGAAUGGACCAGGGUCAAGACGCACCCGACUUGCAUGAAAAUCGUAAGCAGAGCCGCCAACCGUGUCUUUGCUGGCAAGACCUUGUGCAGAAAUCCAGAGUUCCUGGAGCAUUGCCGCCUGUAUGCUGUCUCCGUGUUCAAAACUGGCGCCAUCAUGAGGACGGUGCCAAAGCUCCUGCAACCCAUCGCCGGCCCUAUUCUUACUCGCGGAAUGAGAAAGCAUUUCCAAAUCUGCAGCAACAUCGCCGUGCCCGAGAUCCGCCGUCGACUUGCCCACCUCCAAGGCCACACCAAGGAUCCAAAUUACGAGGUUCCCAACGACGCACUGCAAUGGCUAUUAGUAGACUGUAUCGAACUCGCAAAAUCCAAUCCCCACGAGUUGGACGAAAACCUCCUCGUCCGCCGCCUGCUCCUCCUCAACAUGGUCGCUAUCCAUACAACCUCCAUGGUCAUAUCCAACACCCUCCUGGAUCUCUACACCUCCCCCUCCAAAGAAGAAUACCUCUCCGGCCUCCGCGAAGAAUGCGAACGCGUCCUUUCCCAACACAACGGCAUCUGGACCAAAGAAGCAAUCAACAGCCUCCUCCGCAUCGACUCCACAAUCCGCGAAUCCAUGCGCUACUCCAACCUCGCAGACCUCGGCAUGAAACGCCAAGUCAUACACCCCAACGGCAUCACCCUCGCCGACGGCACCCACUUCCCCCACGGCAUCCGUCUCGCCGCCCCAACUUACUCCAUCCACCUCGACCCCAAAUUCUACCCCGAGCGCCCGGACUCUUGGGACGCGUUCCGCUUCUCACGACCGCGGGAAGACUACCUCGGAAAAAUCUCGGCGGGCGCUGACCCCGAUCGUCUGCAGAGAUCUCUCGCGUUGAAGAAUUCUGCACUGAUUGCCACGGGUUGCGAGUGGUUGGCUUUUGGUCAUGGGAGACAUGCGUGUCCCGGAAGGUUUUUUGCUUCGCAGGAGAUGAAGUUGUUGCUUGCGCUUGUGGUGAUGAAGUAUGAGGUUAGGAUUGAAGGGGGGAAGAGGCCGGAGAAUUGGAGGAUUAAUGGGGCGGUUGUGCCGAGGGAUGAGGUGGAGAUGUUUGUUCGGUUACGGUAG